GGAAUCGAACACUUACUUCAUAAACAGCUGAUGUAGUUGAGGGUCUGAUGAGGAUGAAGUUUGCCGUCUGAUGAAGGAAAAAAGGGCGGUAGCCUCCUACACACCCCAUGUGCAUCUCUGGUCGCAUUUUGCAUUGUUAACCGAGUUGGAUUAAAUGCUCCUAUGCGUCCAUGAGCUAUGAGAUUAAAGGACGGAGACAUGGAUGAAAAUCUUCGGCAACCGUAUGAGGGCCAGCUAAUCAAGUUUACUAAUGUCGUAAAGGGAUGGCAAGCCCGUUGGUUUAUCCUUAACCCAGAAACUGGCACCCUAGAGUAUUAUCUUAGUGAGAGCGAUAAACGUGAAAGAGCUCGAGGAAGCAUUCAGUUAGCUGGGGCUGUCAUAUCCCCAAGUGAUGAAGAUUCCUAUACAUUCACUGUCUCACCUGCAGCAGGUGAAUCUUAUAAAUUACGGGCAACUGAUACUAGGGAUAGACAGAUGUGGCUUAACCGGUUACGAGUUGUGGCAGAAAUGAAACACAGAAGCAAUUGCUCACAUCGCACUCAAGGAGGGUCUACUGGAAGUUCACAACAAUUAAGCUCAGCCCCUCCAAUGGGACUGGCUGUCCUUGACGCCUUUACGCAGGUUGCAGAAGUAUUAGAAGAGUCUCGUAGGCAGCAUUCAGUCCUAGCCUCUGCGAUUGAAGACAUGCCAUCAUUUGGUACUGGUAUGAGAUGUACAGACUCAAAUUUGUUGUUACUGAAAGCGACCAGCCAAGCUACACUUAUUUGUUUAGAGCAAUGCUUAAGCAUUCUCAAAACCCAGCAUAUGUCCGCUCCAUAUCAUCAGCCUUCGCCUCCUGUAACCAGCCGCUAA